AUGAAUCCAGGAGCAUUUGCAGUGGCCCCCGGGACUGAUCCCCAGAGAACUGCAACAUUCAUGCCUUCAUUUGUAGGGGGGGCUACUUCUUCUUCUCAUGUUGAAGAGCUUACGUCAAGCACGGACGCAUGGAAUCAAAGCACGACAGAUGACCAAGCCACCACUCCCACUGACAACAAUAGUGGAUUGGCUGUGGCCACCCAAGUAGACGAACAUGUGGAACCUACACAGAUUGCUCGACCCGGCAAUUUGCCUGGGAAAAACAUACCAACCUCGAUGACUCUUAUGAUCUAUGUUCUCAUUGGUAGCCUUCUAAUUGUUGGAGUGAUUUUUGGUUCCAUCUGUGGGGCUGAUCUCUGCAGCAGCAAAGAAGGUGAUGCAGAGACUCAGACUCCCACUUCCUUUCGGAAUUUUGUUUUGCAGGAUAUUCAAAACAAAAUUGAAGAAGCUUUUGGACCUGGCUAUUUUCCCAAGAAUGAUGAGCCAGAACCCACUCAGCCAAAGUUCAAGGCUCUUGAUUGGAUUGUGUUUGAGGAUGCUCUGCAGCUCAGCACAGAUGCCAACAAUCUUCUUCAGCCGUUCAUCAUGACAUUGACUUACUUUCAAACAUCCCGGGAGAUUGACUGGAUCAAUUGUGGGCCAUCUACAACUGCAAAUGAUGAAACAUGUUGGAUUGAAAUCUGGGAUUCGGAGUUAGUGGCAACUAGGUGGCUUACAGGUGUUCAUGAAUGUCAAUGGGCAGGGAUUUCUUGUGGCGGAGAGAAGAGCAUUACUGAGUUGCGACUUUCGAACAAUGGAUUGAACGGACCUCUGCCCACAGAACUUGCAAGUCUUCCAGCACUGGAAUCAAUAGGCUUUCAUGGGAACCGACUAACAGGAAGUAUUCCUGUGGAAUUGUUUCGAAACAAGCUCUCCUCGUUCUCUUUUUCAAACAAUUCACUAACAGGGACAGUGCCCACAGAAGUUGGACUCUUUGAUGGAACUCAUCUUUAUUUUGGUUCAAACAGCUUGUCCGGAUCUAUUCCUACAGAGCUCUUUCUGACUGGCAAAAUGUUCCGUCUCCAUCUCCACUUCGAGGAUAAUUUGGUACGUAGCCUCAUGUCAGGAAUGCAAGAGAAACGAUCUUUCGCGGGCAAACUACUCAUAAUUACUUCUCAUGUCUGUUCCAUUGCUUGUACAUGUAGCUUACAGGAACUCUACCCACCGAAAUUGGAGCAUUGCACCGAGACAAUCCACACAGAGUGCACCUGGAAGUGA